CUCGAAACCUCCAAAUGUGUCAAGUCUAGCCGAGUCCAGACGUCAAGAAUCCGAAGCUACUCAAUGCACUCCCAAGGCGGCCUCACCGUCCUCGAGUUUUGUAUUUGAAUCUUCAACCUCGUCCGGCACUCUUCUCUCCCGAGAACACGAACUGUAUCUGCUUGAUCCGUCUUGCCGGGGCCACUGAUCCGCUCGCUUGGUGUGGGCCAGCUCCGUCACAUCAAAGCUCUCAUCCCCUUUUGUCCCGGGUCACUCACUAUCACUUCGCUCUCGCUCUCGCUAACCUAACGCACACACAACCAACCGCCCUAUCGGACCAACCUGGCAUCUAGAUGAACAAUCACCGUCUCCAUGCCGCGACUUGGAUAUACAAAGUCGAGGAAUGGGUGUAUGCGAUGCCGGCAGCGACGUGUCAAGUGCGAUGAGAAGAGGCCCUGCUCGGCCUGUAUACGGCACGAUGUGAAGUGCAGUCUGUUGGACAACCCGCCCCCUGCCAUUCUUCAGAGGGAGGCGAGGGAGCGGGAGCAGGAGCAGCGGGAGAGGGAGAACUCGGUGACGACAGCUUCAGCCAGCCCCGAGGGCUCCAAGACCAGCUUUUCGACCUUGGAUCAUAGACGCUCACUGCCUGACUUGCCCGACUUCAAUUCAAUCAAUUCCCCCUUCCAGAGCCUGAGUCCUCCGGACCCUUCGCUCGUGCAGACGCCAACCGCGACGGCGACCUUGUGCCCCGACCCCGAGAGGCACAAGACGAUGACGCCGCCCUCGACAGACGAGGACCCCUUCCCCUACUUCGACAAGUUCAUGCUCCCCAUAGGCGGCGAGCGCGAGGCCGCCUGGAUCCAGGACCUCGAAUUGAUGCAUCACUAUAGUGUCGCGACCUCACUAACUCUCCCGAGGGCCCAGGACGAGCUGCAUGUCUGGCAGGUGCAGGUUCCAAAGCUCGCGUACAAAUACCCCUUCCUAGUCCACCAGAUUCUCGCAGUGGCUGCUUUCCACCAGGCCUACCUUCACCCGGGGCAGAGGAGCGAGCAUUCUCUCCACGCGUCACAGCACCAGAACCGGUCUAUCGAAGGAAUGCGCGGCCAUCUCGCAGCCAUCACGUCAGAGAACUGCCACGCCUUGUUCAUGGCGUCCUCGCUGCUUCUCGUAGGGGCGUUUGCCUCCUUUGCUAACAUCAGGCCCAACGACUCGCCACUGUUCGAGGGCCAGCGGCCGCCGACCAUCGAAGACAUGAUCGACGUGUUCAUACUCGACAGGGGCGUCGCCAGCGUGCUGCAGUCCUCGGAGGAGUGCAUCCAGGCCGGCUACUUCAAGGAUCUGUUCCACUUCCAGACGCACAACAAAAACAACGCGUUCAUGCCGAGGCUGGCCGAGGAGCUGCGCAACCUGUCGGCGGCGAUCAAGGGCGAGCCGGACAUCGACAACCUGGUGGUGGUGCUGGUGGACCUCGAGAUAAGGAAGCUGAUCGACGCCAUCGAGAAGGCGGUGGUCACGACCGACGACGCCGAGAUGCGCGUCACGACCUACUGGCCCAUCACCAUCGCCGAGGACUACAUCCAGCUGGUCAGGCAGCGGAACGAGGUCGCGCUGCUGGUCAUCAUGUACUACUGCUGCAUCAUGUACCGCGCCGAGAGCAAGACGUGGUUCGUCAAAGGGUGGGGCGUCAGCGUCGCCACGGACGUCGAGCGGCUCAUCUCGCGCCGGUGGAGGGAGGUCAUCAAGUGGCCGCUUGAGCAGAUGGGCCAGUAUCGAUCGUUCGUAUGACUGGUGCGCCAGACAGGACCACCCGGGGCGAGACCAUGAUCGGCUAUAGAUUCCUAUCAGUCUCUACCUUUUUUCAAGCUUCGCAUUGUAACUUAGUGCAACCUACCAUAAAACGGGCCUGUACAGAAAAGAAUAUUCUAGUAAUGAAAUCAUGUUCAA